AACUUGUCAUCGUGUUAUGUUUUUCUCUCUUUCUAAUAUUGGCAAAAUAACAGGAAAUAGUUGGCGAAUAUAAAUAAACGUGAAAUAAAUGGAAGCUUGAUAACAUGAGAGUAUAUUAUAUGUUUAGAACUUGAUGUUAUAUGCAGGUAAACCUCUAUAAAUUAAUACAGUCGGGACUAGGGAAAUUCUAUUAAUUUAGUGAAAUAUUAAAUUAUCGAGUUAAUAAUUUAGCACAUUCUCACCGAGUUGGGACCAGAAGAAUUUAUUAUUUAUGCGAUGUUAUUAAUUUAUCGAGGUUCUACUGUACUUGGUUGAGAACAUACUAGAGUUUAAUUAAGUAUACCUAUUACCUUUUUAGCUGAUGCGUCUCAUUUGUGUUUCUUUCCUGGUUAACAAACAUCUCUAACGAAUAACGGUUAUGGUAUUGUGAAAGGGUUACUCAUAGAUUUAUUGAAUAUUUUGAUUUCUUUUGUUUUUUGUUUUGGAAUGUCUAUUAAAUUGUUUAUUAAAUGUGGUUCAUAUUCCAGAAAUGCACUACUGACCUUUACUUAACAAUAUGUACAGCUUUGCUAGUGAGAAUACCUCCAAAAAUAACAACUUGGCAGAUAUGGACGAUUUAGAUGAAAUGGCUGAAUUCAGAGAUAUCCCCGACACAUUUGUUGGCAUCGAACCGGAAAAAUAUCCUCUGAUUAUCACAUUUCACAAGUUUCUAAUGAUGCUCGAUGGCACUUUGGGUAAUUCUUACUUUGAAAAAUUUCGUGAAGCAAGAGGCUCCUCACAGUACGAAGGAAGAUCUAUUGCACUGCAGACUUUCAUAAGGAGAAACGAGGUUACUUAUGACCGUUUUCGGUCCUUAUACUGGCCCCACUUCAAUGCUAAGUAUACAAAAAUUCUUGAUCCUUCAAGAGUUUUCACCGAAAUAAUGUCGCAUAUAAAAGGAGGUCUAAAAGAAGGGGAAUCGGGCGAAACCAAACGAAGCAGAGAGGCCUAUGUUUCAUUAUCUAAAAGUAGGGUUUCCACUUUAAGUGCGGAGAAAAGGGAUGCGAUUUAUGAUGUUUUCGAGAACUACGAGAAAAUGAAAAUGGAGCGUGGUGAAUUUGAUCUUGCUGAUUUUGUGAUUGAUAUUCAUCUCCGCCUCAAGAAUGAGGAGGAUUUAAUGGGUGAUAAAAUGGAUUUCGUGUACAUCGAUGAAGUGCAGGACCUCACCAUGAGGCAAAUUUCCCUUUUUCGAUUUAUUUGCAAAAAUGUGGAUGAAGGAUUUGUAUUUUGCGGUGAUACAGCACAGACGAUUGCACGAGGGAUUGACUUUCGGUUUGAAGACAUUAGAUCAUUGUUCUAUAAUGAGUUCUUUAUGAAAUCGUCUAGAAUUUGUGAGCCUUCAGCUUCUGGGAAGAGAGAGAAAGGGGUUAUAUCGGAUACGUUUUGUUUGUCGCAGAAUUUCCGUACUCAUACUGGUGUACUUAGGUUGGCACAAAGUGUCAUAGAUCUUAUUUGCCAUUUUUUCCCACAAUCAAUUGAUGCAUUGGCUCCAGAGACUAGUCUUAUAUACGGUGAGUCACCUGUUGUACUCGAACCGGGUAGUGACGAGAAUUUGAUUAAGAGUAUAUUUGGACAUAGUGGACAUGAUGGUGGAAAAUGGGUCGGGUUUGGUGCUGACCAAGUAAUUUUAGUACGGGACGAUUCUGCAAGAAACGAAAUUUUCAACUACAUUGGCAAAAAAGCUCUUGUUCUGACUAUAGUUGAGUGCAAGGGGCUCGAGUUUCAGGAUGUUUUGUUGUACAAUUUUUUUGGUUCAUCACCAAUGAGUGAUCAAUGGAGGGUUUUGUACGAAUUCUUGAAACAAAAGGAUCUACUUGAUGCCACUACUCCAAAGUCGUUUCCAAGUUUUAGCGAGUCAAGGCACAAUAUCUUGUGCUCUGAACUGAAGCAACUAUACGUGGCGAUCACUCGAACGAGGCAAAGAUUGUGGAUAUGUGAAAACGAUGAAGAGUUGUCGAAGCCAAUACUCAACUAUUGGAGAAGGUUGUGCCUUGUCCAAGUGCGUAAAAUAGACGAUUCUCUUGCCUUAGCAAUGCAAAGAGCUAGCAGCCCCCGAGGAUUUAUUCUAAUUGUAUUUUUAUUUUUGCAGCUCUUUUGGGAGAAAAAUUAUGAGAUGGCAACAGUGUGCUUCGAAAAAGCAGGAGAAGAAAUAUGGGAGAAAAGGGCUAAGGCUUCUGGCCUUAGAGCGUCGGCAGACUCUAUGCGUGGUUCAAACCCGAAAGAGGCACGUGUAAUGCUUAGAGAGGCUGCCGAAAUAUUUGAUUCUAUUGAUCGAGCUGAUACUGCAGCAGAAUGUUUUUGCGACUUAGGGGAGUACGAAAGAGCAGGAAGGAUUUAUUUGGAAAAAUGUGGUACGUCUGAGCUUCGAAGAGCUGGGGAAUGUUUCUUAUUAGCUGGAAAUUACAAACUUGCAACCGAAGUUUACAACAAGGGGAAUUUUUUCGACGAGUGCUUAUCAGCUUGCACCAAAGGCAAUCAUUUUGACCUCGGUCUGCAAUACAUCGAGCAAUGGAAACAACAAGCAUCAUUCGAUACCGGAAUUAUGACAAGAUUUAAGGAGAUCGACAAUAUUGCACAACAGUUUCUCGAAAAAUGUGCUUUCGAAUGUCAUAAGAAAAAAGACAGUGCAUCGAUGAUGAAGUUUGUUCGUGCUUUCUGUACGGAAGAAUCUAAAAGAAACUUCUUGAAGUCAAGGGACUGCCUUGAGGAGCUUCUAAUAUUGGAGGAAGAUUCCGGAAAUUUUAUCGAGGCUGUACAUAUUGCACAACAGUUGGGACUUAUUCUACGUGAGAUUGAUUUGCUCGAAAAAGCUAAGGACUUUCGAAAUGCUUCUUUGCUCGUAAUUUCGUAUGUAUUGAAUAACUCUCUUUGGGUGUAUGGAAGUCAAGGUUGGCCUCUAAAAUCAUUUCCUGAAGAGGAAGAGAUUUUAGCGAAAGCUAUUUCCGAUGCAAAGAAGGUUUCGGAAAAUUUUCAUGCAACCAUUUGUGCGGAGGCCAAAUUUUUGUCUAUGAGUGAUAGGAUGAACUCGUCCGAGUUGAUGCAGUGUUAUAGUGCUUCGAAGCAAUACAAAUCUCGUAUGGUCGAAAUUAUAUCCGUCAGAAAAUUCCUCGAUGCCCAUUUUCAAGUGCAUCCGACAAAAUACGAAUCGGAUCCUCAAUUGAUGCUCAUUGAUCGAAGUUUAUUCGACGAAAAAAUGUCGAAGAACAAGGUCUCUGAUGGAACGCUGGUUUUCGUUUGGAACCUAUGGAAGGUGCAAAGCUUGGAGAUCUUCGAAUGCCUCGACUCUAUCGAAAGGGCUGACCUCAGCGAAUGUGAAGAUACUGCUCGAUUCUGUUUUAACUACUUUGGAGUGAGGUCGACAAAUAACUCGAGCGACACCUGUAUAUUGCUCAACCCUAAUUCUGCAUGGAUUCGAAAUUCCGACAAGAGGUUCAUUUUGCGGAAAAGAAACGUGGCAACUCUUGAUGCCCGUGAUUUUGCAUCAGCUGCUCGAGAAUAUUGGUGUCAAGAAAUAGUUUCGACUGGUCUAAGAGUUUUGGACGCUCUUCAAUCUUGCUUGAUGAAGCCCUCGUUGUCUAUGUACUGCCAAAGUGUGUGCCUCGUUCGCAUUUUCGACAUAACAAGGUUCGUCGAGUCGAAAUCACCCACCACAAAGAAACUGCAGAAUUUUCUUUCGUUAUGCGUCGACUCCAGAUAUUUCAAUUCAGUUUUUCCUUUGGACCCUCGACACUCGUUAUCUGAGGAUAUGGUAUCUUUAAGGGAAUCCGAACUUUCCAAUAAUUUACUCGAAGAAAUUAUCUCGAGAAAUGUUAGUAGCUCAAGGAAUAAUAAUGAACUCAGUUAUGGGCAGAUAGGAGAGGCGGUGAUGACAAUGCUCGGGUCUGGAUUAUUGCAGAGAAACGGAAUUCAUGAGAAAAUUAUUACAAGGCUGUCUGAAAACUCUUCGUGGAAGUCAUUCAUCGAGAAUCUGAUCAGUGUGCAGGAAUCUUCGAAAGAAGCCCUUAGUCGCGAGUUUCAUAAUGCACUUGUAGAAACUUACAACAUAAACUGGAGGGCGAGUGACUAUAUUUCUCCGAAAUGUUUCUUUUAUCUCGUGGAGAGGCUCUUGAUUUUGGUUCCCCACUCUCGAGGGUUUUUUUUCACUACAAAAUCGUCGUUCGUGGAGUAUUUAAUGUGCCUUGAACCGGAUGUUAACCCGAGUUCCGGUUUAGUAACGGACAAGAAAUCGAAUGCCGCAGACACGUUUAACUUUGUGGCGAGUGUGGUCAGAGAAUGUCUUGAUAACAGUCAGGCUACAGCGGAAUGGAUUGGUCGUUCUAAUAUCGACGGCAAGUACUAUCUUCCGGUGCUUAUGCUGAGGUUGUUCAUGAUUCUUUGUUUAUCGUGUCUGAAUUCGGAGUUGUCGCUCAACGUACUUCUUGAGGUGCUUAAAGUGCCCCAUAUCAAAUGCCAGCUGCCGCGGAAUUUUUGCGAAGCGAUUCGGUGUAGAAGGACAAACAAUGCGUCGGAUGAAGCUGCAGUUGCUGGAGCAUUCAAUAUUAUCGGGGAUCCACUUGUUAUUGUAGCCUCGAACGAAAAUAGUCGUCUCAAGUUUGUAUGCCCCGAUGCCAUUUUUCUUGACUUAAAGUCCUUCUCGUGUAGAAAUGAGGUCAUCGAAAAACUAUUUCCUAAGAGCAGUGAUAAAAAAGCCACCGUCGAACCUAAUGUUGUUAGUGAACAAGUUACGGAAUCUUCUAAAAUGACAGAGGGUAUUAUUCUGGAAUUACUUGACGCCUUACGGAAUAGAAACGAUGGAGAUUCGAAGAGCCUUGUCAUGAUAAAGAAGGAGGAAGUGGAGAAGCAUAUAAAGUUUUUAACUGGUGACAUGGCAAAGUUAAGUGAGCGGAAGAGGUCUCGGUUUCACUCCGGUGAAGAUGAAAAUGAUGUGCCGGACGAAAACACCACCACGAUUGAUGAACUGACCGAGAUUUGUUCUUUGUUAGACACGAGGUUAGUCGUUAAAAAAAAUAUCAUUUGGAAUAACAAAACGGCCAUGCUCAAGAUUAAAGAGAUUUUGAAGAGAUUGGAAGAAAGAAGGCCGAAUGUGAGUACUGUCGGAUCUCAAAGUUGUGUUGUUUCUGAUGACGACGAGGAUGAAGAUGGAGAAAAUAAUAGCAAAAGCGGGGGGAAGAAGAAGAAACAGCACCCGAAAAAAGGGAAAGAGAAAGGAAAAGGAGCCUCUAAAUGUUGGCGAAGGUUGUUUCCAAUAGCGAGCGCAGCUCCCGCUAAAGCAAUUGUAAGUGUAACAGUUCCUGCACCUACUAAUUUUGCACCUUCUAACAUAUCGUUUUGA